AUGGAACUCUGGAAGAAGCUGAGGCAGGCUGGACUGGUGCCCCCAGGGCUGGGCCCACCCCCGCGGGCCCUGAGGGGAGUCCCCCCAGCGGAGAAGGUGGGUCAGACCCUCGCGUCCCCAGGGACUGGCCCUGGAGGUGCCAGGGAGAGUCUGCUGUGGAUCUGGGAGGAGCUGGGGAACCUCCGCCAAGUGGAUGUCCAGCUGCUGGGCCAGCUGUGCAGCCUGGGACUGGAGAUGGGGGCACUGCGGGAGGAACUGGUGGCCUUCCUGGAAGAGGAGGCAGAGGAGAACACCGAGGAAGAGGAGGAGGAGGACAGAGAGCUGAAAGGGAAACUGGAGGGGGCCUCCAGUCCAGUCCCCGGCCACCACCGCCCCCCUGACUUUGAGAUGACUAUCUGA